CUGAUUCUUCAUCCUCAAUUUCUGUUUCCCCCUCUCUCCAUUCUUUUCCAUUUCUGAGAAUAAGUGAAACUGUAGAAGUAUUGUGAGCUGAAGUUUGAUGUCUGUGCCAUUGGAGCAAGAUUAUGUAGGCUUAUCAGAGGUUCCUGCAAUGAAAGAUUGUGACAAGUUUUCUAAGAGGACUAGUGGUGGCUUGAACCUCAAGGCUACUGAGCUGAGGCUUGGCUUGCCAGGUUCUGAGUCACCAGAGAGAGAUGAGGGUUUGGAAGACAAAAAUUUGCACCCUUUAGGCAUGGUCAAGAGUUUGGUGUCUGGGGCCAAGAGGGGUUUCUCAGACACCAUUGAUGGGGGUCCUGGGAAGUGGCUUCUCUCUGGGAGUGGUGGAUCUGAGGUGGGGUUGGGUAAAGAUACUGUCUUGUUCUCUCCAAGGGGUGCUGGAACUGGUGUUAGUGCUGCCAAGGCUGAGUGUUCCAACCAACAAACUUCUGUUGUGAAAGAUAAAGUUCCUCAGUCUCCAAAGCCAUUGAAUGAGAAGAAGCCUCAGAUAUCUGCUCCUGCUGCAAGGGAGCAAGUUGUGGGAUGGCCGCCAAUCCGUUCUUUCAGGAAGAACUCAAUGGCCACUCAGCCACAAAAGAAUGAUGAUGAUGCAGAAGCCAAGUCUGGAUGCCUUUAUGUGAAAGUUAGCAUGGAUGGUGCUCCAUACUUGAGGAAAGUGGACCUCAAAAACUUUUGCAAUUACAUGGAACUGUCUUCAGCACUGGAAAAGAUGUUUAGUUGUUUUACAAUCAGUCAAUGUGGUUCUCAUGGAGUUUGUGGUCGAGAUAAGUUGAGUGAAAGUAGAUUGAUGGAUCUCCUUCAUGGUUCAGAAUAUGUGCUCACCUAUGAAGACAAGGAUGGUGAUUGGAUGCUAGUUGGUGAUGUUCCAUGGGAAAUGUUCACUAACUCUUGCAAGAGGUUGAGGAUAAUGAAAAGUUCUGAAGCAAUUGGACUAGCACCAAGAGCCAUGGAAAAAUGUAAGAGCCGCAACUAGCAAGAUGGUAUGGAUACAGAGAUGGAGUAUUACCUUUAAACACAUCAUACAAAGAGUCCAGAGGCAAGUGCAGGAGGGCAAAAGCUGGGGCUUAUCUUGCUUCAAUAUGUAUAAUCCUACAUAUGGGAUCCAAGCAUCCUAGACGUCUUAGUAGGCAAUAUCAAUAUAUGUUUGUUGUAGACAUUAAUUUAAGGUUUCUUAGGCUUGUUUCCUCUCACUUUUCCUCAGUCAGUGUUACAGUGGACUUCAAAAAACCUGAAGCUUCGUUAGUAUGUAAAUUUUGUAACUUACGUCUCUGAAAAUUAAUAUUGGUGAGCGUUUUGACUUUCAAGUCAUGCAUGAAAAAUAAAAUAAAACCGUUUUUUUAAGA